AUGCCUCCAAAAUCAAAAAAGAAAAAGAAACCCGCUAAUCCAGCACGUGGAUUUGCUACAAAAAGUACUCCCUCAAAAAUAAAAGAUACAGAAACAACUGAUGACAAUGAAUCAAUUAAAGAAGUGCCUGAAGAACCUGUGGUUUCCAAAAAGUCAGAACAACUUUAUGAAAAAAGGUUGAUUAUCAAAUAUAUAGAUGAAACUGGAAAGGAGCCUGUGACUAAUGAGGAUUUAUCCGAAGAAGAUCUAUUAGGAGUAAAAACAAAAUCUUUUACUUUGAAACGAAAAUAUCAAGAAGCACAACAAGAAUUGAGCCAUGCUUUGUUUCAAUAUGAUGCAGCUUCAAAUAUCAAAUCUCAUAUUGAAAUUCAACCACCUGCAGAUACAUCUACAUCUGAGACACAAAAGAUGCAGGUUGAUGAGGAAAAAGGCAUAGGUAGUUCAAUCAUUGAAAAAUUAGUAGAAGCCAGUGUAGUUUUAUCAAAGGGAUGUAAAAAAAGAAAACCACCACCAAGCCUUACACCUGCUGAUACAAUCAAAACAUUUACUCAAAUUUCUACAAUUCCGGCCUUACACAACUCCUCAACGUCUGGAAUAUUAUGUAUGGAUUUAGAUCAGACAGAAAAAUUAGUUUUAACAGGUGGCAUUGACAAAAAAGCAUUGAUUUAUGAUCUUGAAGAAGGUAAAGUAGUAAGUCCAUUGAAAGGCCAUACAAAAAAAAUUACAAAUGUUUUGUGGAGAGAGAAAGCUGAAGCUAGUGAAUCAGAUAUUGUAUUUACAGCAUGCACUGAUAAAAGUGUUAGAAUUUGGAAUAAUACCAAAAAAGGAUAUAAAACCUCCAGUGCCAUUUCAAUACACAAUGCAGAAAUUACUGUUUCUGAAGAUUUGACCUGGGGUUUUCAUGAUAUUGCUACUGCACAAACACUGGUUAAAAUAGAAAAUAGAUAUUCAUGUGUGAAAUUUCAUCCUGAUGGUCUUAUAUUAGGAACAGGUACAAAUGAUUCAGUUGUUAGAAUUUGGGAUAUAAAAGCACAACAAAAUGUCACAACAAUGGAAGGACACACAGGAAAAGUUAAAUCAUUGUCAUUUUCAGAAAAUGGAUUUUACUUAGCAACAAGCUCAGAAGAUAAUUUGAUUAAAAUAUGGGAUUUAAGAAAACAAACAAAUGUCCACACUUUAACAUUAGAAAAUACCAAGAUUAAUAAAGUUAUUUGGGAUUACAGUGGUCAAUAUAUAGCUGUUUGUGGCUCUGAUAUAAGAAUAUUUGGUACUACAGAAGCAGAAACAAUAACAGAGCCUGAAGUACAAGAAUAA